UUUUACACUUGAACAACCUAAAUGGCCGAGGAUUCGGACAUUGAGCUGCUGGAUCCGUUCAAGCACAGCAUGGCUGAGGUCAGUGCCCGCGUCGAGGCCUACACGCGACGGCUCGAGGAGAAGGACGUGCGCCUCAAGAUGGCCAGCCUCAAUCUGCAGACAAGUUUCUGUGCGCUGAACUUCGAUAUGAUUGGCAUUCGGCAGGACAUGGUGAAGUUGGAGCGACAGCAGGAGCGGCACCAGCAGCUGCAAAGGGAUCUCAUGGCGCGCCUGGAGCCGAAUGCCAUUAUAGUGGCAAAUGGUUUCGCGAAGGCGGAGUCAAAGCAGCGCCCAGCAUCGGAAGGCAAUGACGAAAUCGUUUUUAUUCGAUUUGGACCAAGCAAGUGCCCAUUUGAGAACUGUCAGCGUCAAGUGGACAGUCAGCUGCUCCUGCUGCACUACCUCUUCGACCAUGAGCAGGACGGUGCGGGCUUUCAGCAGGUGCACCGCUUGAUCAAGGGCCAACGCGCGGUGUUGUCGUUUCAGCCAGCGAGCUGCAAAUUUGGUGCUAACCAGGUGCUGGGGCUGCUGGCCUAUUGCGGGACGGUGGAACAGCAGUUCGUAAAACAGAAGGGGCCGCAGCGCCGGGCGGUCUACAACAGCUUCCUGCCGCAACAGCACUCGCACCUGGAGAGCGACGUGCCCGUUGUGGUGCUCAUUUGCAGAACGAAGCCCAGUGCCAUGCUGUCAGACACGCGGCGGACGGAUCACAUGGAUCACAUUUUCGUGAUCUGGCUGGUCACGCCGGACCUCAGGCGCCAGCUGAAUGCCACGCUGUACUUGAGCGGUCGCGAUGCCGCUGUCAGGGCCUGCAGUGUGAUCCGCGUGCGGCGUGCCAACCGCAGCCAGAACACGCACUGCUUCAUGCCACUGGACACCAACUACUGGCGACUGACGUAUGCCGAAGUGCGAAGGCUCUCAAACGACUUUCGUGACGAGCUACACCUGGAGAUCGGCGUCACAGAGGCAGCGCCGCAUACGUAACUUAAUUUCCUACUUACACUGGCGUUGUCUUCAAGCGCUUUGCAUUUGGCCUGCUCCUCGGGGUCGCUCAGUUCCGCAAUGCGCUUCUCCAGCAACUGCAAAAAAACAGACGUUAAAUUACA